CUUAUCAGUUGCAGCUAUGGCAGCUGCUACAAUAGUUCACGACACUUCAGAAGCAGUGGAGCUUUGUGCUCCUUUUGGGCUUUACCUUAAGCCCAUUACAAAGAUGACAAUCAGUGUGGCACUUCCUCAAUUAAAGCAGCCAGGGAAAUCCAUUUCAAACUGGGAGGUGAUGGAACGGCUGAAAGGAAUGGUGCAAACUCACCAGUUCUCAACAUUACGGAUUUCAAAAAGCACCAUGGAUUUCAUCCGCUUUGAAGGAGAAGUAGAAAAUAAGAGUUUGGUCAAAUCCUUCUUAGCUUGCCUGGAUGGGAAGACUAUCAAACUCAGUGGCUUCUCAGACAUUUUAAAAGUUCGUGCUGCAGAGUACAAAAUUGAUUUUCCUACUCGACAUGACUGGGACUCCUUCUUUCGUGAUGCAAAAGAUAUGAAUGAGACUCUGCCGGGAGAAAGACCUGACACUAUUCAUUUGGAAGGUUUGCCUUGUAAAUGGUUUCCACAGAAAGAUUCUGGCUCAGAAAAACCAAGUGAAGAAGUUCUUAUCAAAGUGUUCAGUAAGUUUGGGGACAUACGUAAUGUGGAUAUACCCAUGCUGGACCCUUACAGGGAAGAAAUGACAGGCAGAAACUUUCAUACUUUCAGCUUUGGAGGCCAUUUGAAUUUUGAGGCUUAUGUUCAGUACCAGGAAUAUGCAGGUUUCAUCAAGGCUAUGAAUGCUUUACGUGGAAUGAAACUGAUGUUCAAGGGGGAAGAUGGCAAAGCGGUGGCUUGUAACAUAAAGGUUUCAUUUGAUUCAACAAAGCACCUGAGUGAUGCUUCAAUUAAGAAACGUCAGCUUGAAAGGCAGAAGCUUCAAGAGCUGGAAAAACAGAGAGAAGAACAAAAACGUAAAGAAAAAGAAGCGGAGGAAAGACAAAAAGAGGAGGAAAGGAAACAGAGGGAGCUUGAGGAACUGGAAAGAGAAAGAAAACGAGAGGAGAAGCUGCGUAAGAGAGAACAAAAACAGAAGGAUCGUGAAAUUCGUAGAAACAAGAAAAGGCUGGAAAAAAUGCAAGCCGAGGAGCAGAAAAAACUGCAAGAAAAAAUAAAGCUAGAAGAGAGGAAGCUUCUUUUAGCUCAAAGAAAUCUUCAUUCCAUUCGACUAAUUGCUGAACUGCUGAACAGAGCCAAGGCAAUAAAGCUUCUGGAGCAAGAACACAAUGAGGAAAAGGUCCGCCUUCAGCAGCUGGAAGAGAAGAGGAAGCUGCAGGAAGCCGAACUCCGUCGUGUAGAGGAAGAAAAGGAGAGAGCCCUUGGACUGCAGAGGAAAGAGAGGGAAUUGAGAGAGAAACUUUUAAGCAACCUCAUGAGUAAGAAAAUAGAAGCAACCCACUUGGAAAGGACAGAACUUAAUUCUCCUCCUCUGAAAGCCAUUGAGGGUGUUUCCCACUGUGUCACAUCUACCUCAGCCCAGUCCAGCUUGGCCAGACCCAUCCAGUGCUAUCCAAGCAGCAUAUCACCUAAUGAAAGCAUCAGUCCUCAGCUGAAACACCUAAAUGGAAGCUUUCAUGAGGCAGUUCACAUCAACGAACCGAAGACUAAUAUCAAUAAGAGAGAGACUGUUUCUGAAGAAAGUAGCUCCGGUGUCCUUUCUUGCAUCCCCGUAAAUCAGCAAUGUAAGAGCACCUCCGAAUCUGAACAGAACCCGUACAAGAAGGAACUGUUGACUGAACAAGGCAAGUGUAACAGAGAACCAAGUAAGGGGAAGAGUCAUUCGUCCAGAGAUGUGCAUAACCACCAUAGUAGAGAAAAAACUGAAAAGAACAGACACAGGAGGGACGUAAGCAGUGAGGAUGAAAAAUACAGAAAAGAUAGACACCACCAUAAAAAAUAUGCUGCAAAAAGCAACAGUCCUUGCCAGAGAAGCUUGAGUCGAGAACACACACGAGAGAGGCGAUCCUUUAGUAGUGACAGGGAGCAGGAUAAAAGAGGAUGGAGUCAUGGUCACAAGAGCACAAGCAAGAAGCAGAAACACCAAAAGAGAUCGUUGAGCAAUCAAAGAAACUCUUGGAGUAGGUAAUUAAAAUUACGUAGCCUUUUUGUAAGGGCUAUCUCAGGCAGGACUGGAAUGGAUCUCUGUGGGA